AUGCAUUUUUCGGCCGGAAUGAUCGAAAUUCGCCGGAAAGGCCGGUACAAACCGGAAGGGUCCGUUCAAUAUGCCAAGAAAAAUGGUAUUGCUCGAAAAACAAGGAUGUUGGCAAUUCUGGGAGUUCCUGUUACUGUAAUGGUUCUUUUUGUGGUCUCAAUUGUGUAUUGGUUGGUAAUGAUGAAGAAAAGAGGGAAGAGGCAAAGAACAGAUUCAUAUGAAUCUGGUGCCUGUAGUUUACCAAACUUAGAAGACUCUACAAGUAGAAGGAACCUUGAUGGAACUAGAAGAGAUUCAAAUUUGCCAGUAUUUGAUCUAAAAAACAUUACUGCAGCCUCAGAUAAUUUCUCAGUUGCUAACGUGCUUGAUGGAACAAAAAGGUCAUGGUUAGAUUGGGGAAAGAGAAUUGAGAUUAUUUGUGGAAUUGCUCGAGGAAUCUUAUAUCUUCAUCAAGAUUCAAGAUUAAGAAUUAUCCAUAAAGAUUUAAAGGCUAGCAAUGUUUUACUUGACACUGAAUUAAAUCCAAAAAUUUCAGAUUUUGGAAUGGCUAGAAUCUUUAGAGGGGACCAAAUUGAAGCCAAUACAAAUUGUCUUGUUGGAACGUUCGGUUAUAUGUCACUCGAGUAUGCAAUGCAAGGAUUAUUUUCAAUAAAAUCCGAUGUAUUUAGUUUUGGGGUGUUGCUAUUGGAGAUCAUUACUGGCAAAAGAAACACCAACUAUUAUCAUAAUGGUCCUUCCUCAAAUUUGAUUGGACACAUUUGGGAGCAAUGGAAAGAAGGAAAAGCCAUGGAAAUAGUUGAUCCAUCACUAGGUGAGACAUACCCUGCUAAUGAAGUAUCGAGAUGCAUUCAGAUUGGGCUUUUGUGUGUGCAAGAACAUGCAACAGAUCGACCAACCAUGUCAGCAAUUGUUUUCAUGUUGAGUAAUGACACACCCCUUCCUUCACCAAAGCAACCUGCGUUCAUUUUCAAGAGUACCAGCAAUACUAAAGACCAAACAACUAUUGAAGGGGCUAAUUCUAUAAAUGAAAUAACAAUUACUAAAAUAGAUGGUCACUAA